AUGCCGAGCUAUGCAAAAUUCCUCAAGGAUAUUUUGGCUAAUAAAAGAAAUAUUGGGGAAAAUGAAAUAGUUGCAUUAACAUAUGAAUGUAGUGCACUGUUUCAAAAAGAUAUCCUCACCAAAAUGAAGGAUCCUGGGAGUUUUACAUUGCCUUGCUCAAUAGGAGGGAAGAAGGUCGGGAACGCGCUGUGCAAUUUAGGGGCGAGCAUAAAUCUAAUGCCCUUAUUGAUCUUUAAGAAGUUGGAUAUCGGCAACGCAAGACCAACCACGAUUACACUACAGUUGGCCGAUAGAUCAAUAAUGCAUCCUAAGGGCAAAAUAGACGAUGUACUCGUGCAAGUGGAUAAGUUUAUCUUCACGGCGGACUUUAUCAUAUUGGAUCACGAAGCUAACAGAGAAGUGCCUAUCAUCUUGGUUUGCCCAUUUCUUGCAACAGGGCGAGCGCUGAUCGACGUACAAAAAGGAGAACUCACCAUCAGGGUUGAUGAUCAGCAAGUGAAGUUCAACAUUCUCAAUGCGUUGAAAUACCCAAGUGAUAUGGAGAAUUGCCAAUGUGUGGAGUAA